UUUCGCUUGUAAAUAUUUCCAUCCAGUGUUGGAGUUAGGUUUCGUUUUUGAUGUUUGCAAACAGAAACUGUCCGGCUGCUCAUCUGACUAACUCUCCCCAGCUAUUUAAGACGCGCCCUGCAGCCCUGUAAUGAAAUUGCGCCACUUGACACAGUGAAAACAUUGUAGGUGUGAUAGACUCAUCUGAAGAUGCAACUCUCUUCGGUAAUCGCGUCUCCGGCGCUGCUUUUGCAGUUCUUCGCCAGAACCAUCCAGUGCGUUUUUACGAGCGUUUUUUCAAAAGUUUGCUACUGGACGAAAGGAGCCUGCAAGGAGUCAAACCCAGUCGUCGACUCCGCAGCUGCUGAUGACAAACGGGAUCAGAGCAAAGAGCAACUUGCCACGACCCCGACGAGUGUCAACUACCACUUUACGCGCAAGUGCAAUUAUAAAUGUGGAUUCUGUUUCCACACAGCAAAGACAUCCUUCGUCCUGCCUCUGGAAGAAGCCAAGCGUGGUCUCAAACUUCUUCAGGAAUCAGGAAUGGAAAAGAUAAACUUCUCUGGAGGAGAGCCCUUCCUGCACGAGAAGGGAGACUUUUUGGGGAAGUUGGUUCAGUACUGUAAGCAAGACCUGCAGCUCCCCAGUGUCAGCAUCGUCAGCAAUGGAAGCAUGAUCAAAGAGAAAUGGUUCCAGAAAUAUGGUGACUAUCUGGACAUCCUUGCCAUCUCUUGUGACAGUUUUGAUGAAUCCACCAACCAGCUGAUUGGCAGAGCCCAAGGCAGGAAGAGCCACCUGGACAACCUGUUCAAGAUUCGCAACUGGUGCCAGCAGUACAAAGUUGCGUUCAAAAUCAACUCAGUCAUCAACACCUUCAACAUCGACGAAGACAUGACGGAGCGCAUCGUGGAGCUCAAUCCCGUCCGCUGGAAGGUAUUCCAGUGUCUGUUGAUUGAUGGAGAGAACGCCGGAGAGGCAGCCCUGAGAGAGGCAGAGAGGUUUGUCAUCAGCGACCAGCAGUUUCAGGAGUUCCUGGACAGACACAGCGACGUCUCCUGCCUCGUUCCCGAGUCCAAUGAGAAGAUGAGGAACUCCUACCUGAUCCUGGAUGAAUAUAUGCGUUUCCUGGACUGCCGAGAGGGAAGGAAAGACCCAUCCAAAUCCAUCCUCGAUGUCGGCGUGAAGGAGGCCAUUUGCUUCAGCGGCUUUGAUGAAAAAAUGUUUCUAAAGAGAGGAGGGAAAUACGUGUGGACCAAAGCCGACAUGAAGCUGGAGUGGUGAAUCUCGUUUUGAUUCACCUCCGUCAAGUAUUUUCACAGAGAGCAUUGAAGGAUUUUUUGUAUCUUUAUUUAUGCACUUUCAUAACUCACUUUAUUGCUUGUAAAUGUCAGAAAAACAAACAUAGCAGCAUGUUACAUACAUAUGUUAUAUGAAGUGUAAUUUAAUGUUUUUGAUUGUAGAAAAACUAAAAUGUUGUUCCGUUUUAUUGUGACUGGUAAAAUAAAAAAUAAAAUAAAACUGAAUUUUAUACCUGA